CCAGAAACUCCUCUACCCAAUGUAAUGGAGACAGCUUACUAUUUUGAACAGGCUGGAAUUGGUUUGAGCUCAGAAGAAUACUAUCACAUAUUCCUUGCCCUCAAACAACUGGUUGCCACUCAUCCAAUCCAAACAUGUCGCUUCUGGGGCAAACUCUUAGGUAUUGAAGCCAACUAUAUUGUAGCUGAAGUUGAAUUCCGUGAAGGAGAAGAAGAGGAAGAAGCAGAGGAAGAAGAAACUGCCGAGGAAGGACUAAAAGAGGGAAUUGAGGCCAGGGAUGAAGAUGAAGAAGAUGAAGAAGAAAAAGAUGAGCCACCAAAACCCAACUACAAGCCACCACCCGUAAUCCCAAAAGAAGAUUAUCGGACCGGUGCUAAUAAAUACACUUAUUAUGUUUGCAAUGAACCAGGCAAACCUUGGAUGAAAUUACCCCAGGUGACUCCAGCUCAGAUCGUGAACACCAGGAAAAUUAAGAAGUUCUUAGUGGGAAAGUUAGAUGCUGCCGUUGUGUGUUAUCCACCUUUCCCAGGCAAUGAAGCUAAUUAUCUGAGGGCUCAGAUUGCCUGCAUUUCAGCGGCAACACAGGUCACUCCACUCGGGUUUUAUCAGUUUGGAGAAGAAGAAGGAGACGAAGAAGAAGGCGGAGCUGGAAGAGACAAUUAUGAAGAAAAUCCUGACUUUGAACCCAUUCCUGUGCCAGAGAUGUUGGAUACCCUUUCCAACUGGGUGCAUCAUGUACAGAAUAUUUUAAAACAG